AUGCCUCCAGCCGUCAAAACAGGCACACACGAAGAAGUCCUCCAGGUCAUCACCAUCUCGGACAUUACCAAUCAGAUGACGGGUAGGUCUUUUCCGUCUCGCACAUGUGAUACGCAAAAAAAGGUUGGUACUGAGGUUUGUCCCAUCGUCAAAAAGNCAAAUGCCCAAGCCUUGUAUCCUAGAGAGAAGAAUCUCAAGGUGGUCACGGCACGCUCGCCGAAUGGCAUGAUCCAUUACUGUGCCAUCGUCGGUGAAGAGGUUGCAGACCCGAGGUACCCUAAGAUCGCCCCUGCCACCAAGGUUGUGCUGCAAGGCGACAGUGCUACAGAUAGACGUACCGCCAUGAUGACUUUGCUGGAACAGACCGAGAAAAAGGUUGCAAAGGAGAUACUGAAACGUUGA